UGGCGAUGUCCGGCCGGUCCAAGCGGGAGUCCCGCGGCUCGACCCGCGGGAAGCGCGAGUCCGAGUCCCGGAGCAGCUCGGGCCGCGUGAAGCGGGAGCGCGACCGGGAGCGGGAGAGCGACGUGCCGGCCGCCCGGCUCAGCCCGGUGCGCGUGAAGCGGGAGGUCGAGGCGGCCGGCACGCGCGUGGCCCCGGCGGCGCCCCCGGUCGUCCCGGCGGCGCGGGUCAAGCGGGAGCGCGAGGCGGACGAGGACUCGGAGCCCGAGCGGGAGGUGCGAGCGAAGAAUGGCCGAGUGGAUUCAGAGGAUCGAAGGAGCCGACACUGCCCGUACCUGGAUACCAUUAACAGGAGUGUGUUGGACUUUGAUUUUGAGAAGCUGUGUUCCAUUUCUCUCUCCCAUAUAAAUGCAUAUGCCUGCUUGGUGUGUGGCAAGUACUUUCAGGGCCGGGGUUUGAAGUCUCAUGCCUAUAUUCACAGUGUCCAGUUCAGCCAUCACGUCUUUCUAAAUCUCCACACCCUUAAGUUUUACUGCCUCCCAGACAACUAUGAGAUUAUUGAUUCCUCGCUGGAGGAUAUCACGUAUGUGUUGAAGCCCACGUUUACAAAGCAGCAGAUCACAAACCUCGACAAGCAAGCGAAACUGUCCCGAGCAUAUGAUGGCACCACUUACCUGCCGGGUAUUGUGGGUCUAAAUAAUAUCAAGGCCAAUGACUAUGCCAACGCUGUCCUUCAGGCUCUGUCUAAUGUUCCUCCUCUCCGGAACUACUUUCUGGAAGAAGACAACUACAAGAACAUCAAGCGUCCCCCUGGGGACAUCAUGUUCUUGUUGGUCCAGCGUUUUGGAGAGCUGAUGAGAAAACUCUGGAAUCCUCGGAACUUCAAGGCACAUGUCUCUCCCCAUGAGAUGCUUCAGGCUGUUGUUCUUUGCAGCAAGAAAACUUUUCAAAUCACAAAACAAGGGGAUGGGGUCGACUUCCUCUCUUGGUUCCUGAACGCUCUGCACUCAGCACUGGGUGGCACAAAAAAGAAAAAGAAGACUAUUGUGACUGACGUUUUCCAGGGGUCCAUGAGGAUCUUCACCAAAAAGCUUCCCCAUCCAGAUCUGCCAGCAGAAGAAAAGGAACAGCUGCUCCAUAAUGAUGAAUAUCAGGAGACGAUGGUGGAGUCCACAUUCAUGUACCUGACACUGGACCUGCCUACAGCCCCCCUGUAUAAGGAUGAGAAGGAGCAGCUCAUUAUCCCGCAGGUGCCGCUCUUCAACAUCCUGGCCAAGUUCAACGGCAUCACCGAGAAGGAAUAUAAGACAUAUAAAGAGAACUUUCUGAAGCGCUUCCAGCUUACCAAGCUGCCUCCAUAUUUAAUCUUUUGUAUUAAAAGAUUCACUAAGAACAAUUUUUUUGUGGAGAAGAACCCAACAAUCGUCAACUUUCCUAUUACGAACGUAGAUCUAAGAGAGUACCUGUCUGAGGAAGUCCAGGCAGUCCACAAGAACACCACCUACGAUCUCAUUGCCAACAUCGUGCAUGAUGGCAAACCCUCCGAGGGCUCCUACCGGAUCCAUGUGCUCCAUCACGGCACAGGCAAAUGGUAUGAAUUACAAGACCUGCAGGUGACCGACAUCCUCCCCCAGAUGAUAACACUGUCUGAGGCUUACAUUCAGAUCUGGAAGAGGCGAGAUAAUGAUGAAACCAACCAGCAGGGAGCUUGAAUGAGGAGUCGGCUUUGGGCUGAUGCCACAGCGUUUGGUGCACAUACUGACUAGUAUGUCCUUCACAGUUUAAAUCACCAUUGUACAUCAGAGGGACCCACUUUUUGGGAUGGCUCAGUGCUGUCAUCCAGCUCCUGGCCAAUCACUUUGUCCUAGUCUGGCACUCCUUUCCCUUCCUGUAUCUCUCCCUCGUUGCUCUAGCAGACCAGAUGUAUGUAACUUCUUUCUGAGCAGCUGGAGGACUGGCAGGCAAGACCAUUUCUUCUGAGUAGCAAAAUCUACGCAUAAAGCUAGUACUAUCCUAUGGUCUUAGGGAAAUUAUUUCCGAUGGUUCUGUGCAUUUCCUCAUAAGUGUUUUUGGAACCAAUUAAAUAUUUUCUUUUUUAAA